AGAUUCUCUAUCCAGCCACGGAAUACAGUCAUCUUCCUCAUCCCUAACACGCCACCGCACAUACCCUAUACCAUCAUAUCACACCCGGAUUAUACCUCCGCAAUCGAACGCAUACAAGCUCUCGUAUUCCCCACUAAUUGCAGAGCACCGCGAUGCCUGCACCCUCAAAAAAUGGAACGCCUCUCUUCCUCGGCAUCGAACUCGCAACAGACCAGCUCAGGGCAUCGAUCGUAGACGAGUCGCUCGACCUCGUUGGUGUGGAGUGUGUCGACUUUGACAAGGAGCUGCCAGAAUACCAGACACAGGGAGGCAUAUUCACCACGCCUGGCGAUGCGUACACGACACCCGUCGAUAUGUGGGUGAAAGCCCUCGACUUUUUGUUCGAAAAAUUGGGCACAAACUACGACCUGACAAGAAUCAAGUCCAUCGGUGGGUGUGCCCAGCACGCCUUUGUCUGGUGGAAAGCCUCGCCCAUCACCCCCUUCCCCGCCCUCGACCCGCGCCUCCCCCUCCACUCCCAGCUCCCGCCCAACACGUUCUCCCUCGCCAACACCCCCGUCGCACAGGAUACGUCCGCUCACACGCACGGCUUCGCGCUCGAAGGACUCCUCGGCGGCCCCGACAUGAUGGCCCAGCGCGUGGGCAUGUGCGCGAACGCGUCCAUGCUCGCCGCGCACCUCCUCCGCGUGCGCGAGGCCUGGACGGGCGACGUCUGGGCGCGGACCGGGCGCGUGCAGCUCGCGAGCUCUUUCCUCGCGAGUCUUGUUGUCGGCCGCUGGGUCAAUAUGAGCGAGGCGGAGGCGACGACGACCGGUAUAUGGGUGCAUGCUGGUGCGCCCGCGGCGAAUGGGCAGGGGCAUUGGGACGAGGGCGUGUUGGAUAUUAUUGGCGGGAACAGGGAGGACGCGAAGAAGGUGCGGAGCUGGCUGGGCGAAGUGGACCCGUCUGGCACGAGGAAGGUGUAUAAUGUGUCGAAAUAUCUAUGCGAUCGGUAUGGCUUUGAGCCAGAAACGCUCGUUACCCCAUUUACUGCCGACUAUCUUUCUGCUUACCUAUCCCUAUGUCCUUCGCCAGCUGAUGCUGUCCUGAGCUUUGGUCCGAUGGACAUGCUGCUCACGCCUGCCCAGAACUACACACCCACACGACUAUACACUCUUUACCCGCACCCAGUACAAGACACAAACGAGAAGAGGCGGUACAUUGCCGCACUUACAACACGGAAUGCCGAUGUGCCCCGAGCCCUUGUGCGAGACAUGUACACAAAAAGUUGGAGCGCAUUUGAUCGGCUUGUUGCCAUCGUCCCUCCCGGCGGCUCGAUAGGACUCGAUGACAAGCUGUUCAGCUUCUGGCUUCUGCAAGGCGACAGCCACCCCUUGUCGCACGUGAAGGGCAUCUUCCGAUUCGAGACCGGCAUCAAGGUGAACGAGUUCCGCGACCUGCGCGCGAAUCCGCGGUGUCUGCUCGAGAGCCAGGUGAUGUCGUUCCGCGUGCGGUGGUCGCGCAUGAUCUCAACGGGCGUGCUCGGCGCGAACUUCAACCGCAACCGGGGCAACAACGUCACGCAGCACAGCGCGGGGCCCUCGCCCUCGCCGCUGCACGCGCGGAACAACCCGAACGCGGCGCCGCCGAGCCACGGGCUGUCGUUCGACCCGUACGACUACACGCCGCUGCCCGCGCGCAUGCUUGUCGCAGGCGCGGCGGCCAACUUCCCGAGCGUGGCGAACCUCGUCGGGGACGUGUUCAACGCGCCCGUGUUCAUGCCCAGCACGCAGGUCGACUCGGCGCAGGUCGUGCCGCACCGCAACGCGCCUGCGACCGGGUUCCCUUCGCGCGCCGCGCUGGGGGGCGCGUACGUCGCGCGCUGGCUGUGGGGCAAGGAGCGGCACGGGGCUGCGGGCGCGGCGCGUGGGCUCGGCGGGUUCGAGGAGGAGAUACGGAGGUUGUUGGGGAAGCGGUGGGUCGCGUCGGGCGCGACGCCGCUUCGGACGAACACGAAUGCGCCCCAGGGAGGAGGCGGGGGGCACCCGGGGAGCGGGGCGAACAGCGGAGCGUCGACGCCGUUUGGACACCGGCCGGGGUUCGGCGCGACGGUCACAGUCGAGGAAGAGGAGGAAGAGGAAGAGGGGCCCGGUGGUGGUGUUCUGGGUGGCGGGUACGGUGGGCCGAACGGGGGGAUGCUGCACCAUAACUCGGUGUUUGCGGGCGGGUUUGCGGACCGCGAUUUGGGGAGGGAUGUCGGGAGGAUGCGCUCGCUUACUGCGUCGACGGCGGACACGAUUAACAGCAGCGGGACUGCGUCUGGUGGUGCGCCGUCGAGCGCGCUCACUACGCCUGAUAUGGCCGCGGGCGCUGCGACGAGCUCUGGAGACAAGGGUGGAGCAGCAGGCGCGAAUGGGGGAGGGGGUACGACGGCGCUGACGCCCGUGAGCGCGCUGCCGACGGCGGACAGCGAGGCACAGAUGGGCCUCGCCAAGGUUGCGGAGGCGGAUCUGGACGCGUUCAUGACGUACGCGGCGAUCGUGCCCGAGUACUGCAGGCUAGAGAACAUGCUGUGCAAGAAUCUCGUAUGAAGCGUGCGUGGUUGCGGGUAGAGGAGGGUGCGCCAGGCUGGUAGGGCUGCGGAUAGAGGGUCGGACAUCUUACAACUACGUACAUCAUGCCUAUGCGGAGGGUGGACGGAUGGGUGGAUACACUAUACAUACACAUACACACGCCGCGCCCGAAGUUGCGCUGCACAUGCAUCCCUCUGGACGCUGUUAGCAUGCGUUCAGCUUCGGUGCGCGGCCAAAAGUCGCUUUCUUCUUGCUUUCAUUCAUUCCGUAUUAAUGUAUAUAUCUUUGGGAUUUCAUGAUAUCGUUAUUUUUCCUGGUUUGCUAGAGCUGGGAAGCGUUCCGUACACAGAUUUUAAUCGAAACAC